GACAAAGAAAAGGGCUAGCUAGGCCCAUGGAUGUUGAACUUUGCAACUCCGGUUUCCCCCUGUCCAAGCUUACUCGAUUCAUCACUCCUUUUCCCGGUCUCUCUCCGUGUCAUCGAUCGGAAAAUAAAGGCUCAUCUGCCUACUAAAGCACACUCACAAGUGUCAAUUAUGAAUAUGUCAGAAUCUGUUCAAGUUACCAAUAACCUGACAAACCCCGAAGCAUCGUCUCAAAGAACAUUGUACCCUUAUGUCACUGGUACUUCUGUGGUUGCCAUCAAAUACAAGGAUGGAAUUCUCAUGGCUGCUGAUAUGGGAGGCUCCUAUGGCUCUACAUUGCGUUACAAGAGUGUAGAGCGAAUGAAGUCGGUGGGAAAACACUCAGUUCUAGGCGCUAGUGGAGAAAUUAGUGAUUUUCAGGAAAUUUUGCGUUAUCUUGAUGAGCUCAUCUUGCAUGACAACAUGUGGGAUGAUGGUAAUUCUCUGGGACCCAAAGAGGUGCAUAACUAUUUGACUCGGCUGAUGUAUAAUCGUCGCAACAAGUUCAACCCAUUAUGGAAUUCCCUUGUUCUUGGUGGAGUGAAGAAUGGGCAAAAGUAUCUGGGAUCGGUCAGUAUGAUUGGUGUCCAUUUUGAGGAUAAUCAUGUGGCCACUGGUUUUGGUAAUCAUCUGGCACGACCGAUUCUGCGUGAUGAAUGGAAAGAAGACUUAAGUUUUGAAGAGGGUGUCAAGCUACUGGAGAAGUGCAUGCGUGUUCUUCUGUAUCGUGAUAGGUCAGCUGUCAACAAGCUUCAGAUAGCAAAACUUACUGAAGAGGGUAUGACAAUUUCCCAGCCUUACUCCUUGAAGACUUUCUGGGGAUACGGGGCUUUUCAGAAUCCAACAGUUGGAGCAGAAGGGUCAUGGUAACUAGCUUGUUUACUAAUUUAGCUAGUUCCUUAGCAUUUAUAUUCAGGAAUUCCGUGUCUAUGUUUGUGAAACGCUGUAUUUUUCUUCCGGUUUAGAUUCCUGUCAGCUAUCAUUAACAUUAUUUGUAUGUUUGGACUUGAAUUUCUUCUGAUUUUUCUAUCGUGCUUUUCCCGUGGAUC